AUGGUUGACGCCAAGGAGCUUGAGCAGCACCUCUCGACCCGCGCCUACAUCGACGGCUACGCCCCGUCGUCGGCCGACGUCGCCGUCUUUGAGGCCCUCAAGCUCUCGGAGCUCGAGGCCUUCCCCCACACCGCCCGCUGGUACAAGCACAUUGCUUCGUACGCCGGUGAGACCUCGAAGCUCCCCGCCGGCACCUCGCCCUUCGCCGGUGUCUCGGUUGCCGCCAAGGCCGCCGCCCCCGCCGCCGCCGAGGAGGAGGACGACGAGGACAUUGACCUCUUCGGUGAGGACGAGGAGGAGGACGCCGAGGCCGAGCGCGUCAAGCAGGAGCGUGUUGCCGCCUACACCGCCGCCAAGAAGGCCAAGGAGGACGAGAAGAUCGCCGCCGGCAAGACCCUUGCCGUCGCCAAGUCGGUCGUCACCCUCCAGGUUAAGCCUUGGGACGACGAGACCGACAUGGCCGCCCUCGAGACCUGCGUCCGUGCCAUUGAGGUUGACGGCCUCGUCUGGGGUGCUUCCAAGCUCGUCCCCGUCGGCUACGGCAUCAAGAUGCUCCAGAUCACCCUCGUUAUCGAGGACGCCAAGGUCUCGCUCGACGAGCUCCAGGAGACCAUCGCCGAGGACGGCGAGGAGUGGGUCCAGUCCACCGACGUUGCCGCCAUGCAGAAGCUCUAA